AUGCGUCGAGAGGAAAUGGCCAAAAAGGUCUUGUACGCAGUAGGGCUGUUCAUCAAAACCGUGCUGUUAUGCUGUACAGCUGCACAGCAAUGGGAGGCUACGGGCCAGCCGGAAGUUUCCAAAUUUGGGAUGAUGCUACAACGCCACAUCUUCAAGAGGAUCACGGGGGCUGGUCUUUCAGAUGUGUGUUUGCGGGGAUGCUAUGCUGACGUCAGAUGUCAAAGUUUCAAUUACGUCUUUACGCAAGACAUUUGUGAGCUGAGCAACCGAACUAAGGAGGCCAGACCAGAGGAUUAUGUUCCGAACCCUGAGAGAUUUUACUUUAAGCGAGAUUACAAACGAGGUUUGUAAAAUUUUUUACUGUCUUCUUCCCUUUAAAGACAUUUUCAGAGCGCAGAAUUUCAACCCAAAAUUAAUAAAUUGUGUCACAUCACUUCCCUUUAUUGCCUUAAGUCAAGUCGCCCUCAAAUUGAGUGUCCUCGCCCCCAAGACGAACAUCAAAUCUUGCUUACUUGGAAUACUAUGCCACUAUGAUUGCUAUUUCUUCCAGUCCCUCUCGGUUCCAUUCCUGAGCUGCCUGCGGAGACUUGCCAGGAAAUCAAAAUGAGCGAAGGAGGUCAAGCGGUCAGCGGAAAAUACUGGUUUCACUCGAUUGUACCCGAGAGGACUGUUCUGGCUCCUUGUGACAUGAAAACCGAAGGUGAAUUUAAGUGUUUGUCAAUUCACAUCUUCUACAGACAAAAGUCGGUUAACCACGAGCAAAAACGUUGACAGAGAUGUUAUGGGUAGACUGCAACCACCUGAUCCCUCCUCCCCCCAUCCCAAUAUUCAUAGAGGGAAAUGAGAAAAUAAAACAAAACAAAAUAAAAAUAGUAAGAUAUCUGACGGAAACAAAGCUAUGAAGGAAUGCUAUAAUCUCUCUUAAACUGAUCGAUUUGAGAACAAGUCAAAUAGAAUGAAAAAAUUUCUUUUUCGACACAGAGAUAAUCAUUCAAUAGCAAAUUGUUAUCACAACUUUAUAGUGACGAAAUUUAACGAAUAGGGAAGGGGAAAUUUUGCUUCCUGAUGGGGUCGUACAAAGCAAAAUUUUGGCUCCCACCGGAAGCAAUUGGUCUGAUGAAUCCACGAAUGAGUAAUAAUUCAGCGAAUACCCUUCUUUUUGCUUUUAAACUAACCGCAGACUAUUCCGUUUUUUCAGACGUGGACGAGUGUAAUUCGACCAUUCCCGUGUGUGACGUCAACGCUGAGUGCGUGAACACCAUCGGUUCUCACAGUUGCUCGUGCAAAGCUGGUUUUACUGGAAACGGAAAAAAGUGUGUCGGUAAGUUAGUGAAAUGGCUUUUACUAUUGCCUGAAGCAAGUCAUUUUAAAACAAAGCAAAACCAAACCAUUCCCGGCUUAAUCUGGACACUCGGUUAAAAAAAAUUGCUUUAAUAACCGAUUGGAAUUAUUUCCCACACCAUGUCACGUUCAAUUGCUUAUACGGCGAGACGCUUUCGCCAAUAACAGUCAUUUUCGAUCGACUCUUGCUCUUGAGUUCAAGCCAUUUAGUUUUUUAUACAUUCUCUCAGAUGUCGACGAAUGUGCCAAUAAAUCGCAUGACUGUGACGUCAAUGCCUCCUGCAACAAUACCGCUGGUUCCUAUCGAUGCACCUGUAAUUCCUGGUACCAAGGAAACGGAACAAGCUGCUAUUUUCGCGAGUUUAACUGAUAUUGAGAUACAAGUGACCUCAGUUUGUUAUGAUACUCGCAUUUCGCAUCCUCUGUCUUUCUGUAUCGUCAUAUGAAGCUGACAAUUUUGGAAAUAUAUUUUUUUAACAUGAGUCGGUCCCGAAUCGAGACCAAGAUGGAAUUCGUCCCAAAAACGGGCUGCAUUAUGACCCUUUACUCCCUAGCAUCAGUACAGAUAUUCUCCUCACUGUUCUCUAUAGAUACCGUAUGGUACUGCCAAGGGAAAUUUAUUUGACAAUCAACAGCUUUAUAACUUGAUGAUUAUUUCCUUUAUUCCCAUGAUUCUGAUGUUUGGUUCAGCGGUAAUACGGUGAGGAGAAAUUAAAUGCCAAUCCCUUGAACUUUCUAUACUGAUCAACCUUAAUUCUUAAUUUUUCAUUAUUAUCACGUUUUCAUCGCGUGGUUUGCUCUAAUUCUAAGAAAACAUUAGUUGGUGCAAAAUAACGAGGCGAGAUAUGAUCAGGUGUACUGGGUUUAGCAAUCUGGAAUCUCAUAAAAACACGCUUUCAUCGUGUAAACACGUCUAUAAGGGAGACAGUGUUUCCAUAAGAGCACCUCCCAGUUCACACGGGGUCGGAAAGGCAAGUUGUGUCUUAGAUCGAUGUGCGUCACACAACGGUUGUCACGCUGUAAUUUAUAAAAACGAAAAAGCAAGUUGUAGACAUUACCACCACCAAGAUGACGAAUGCAACAUGACACCAAAUCUUCAAGGUAGGGCGAUCCUUACCUUUUCUCCCUUUUUCGGUUUUUCGUAUAGGUGGCCUUAAUAGUUCCGUUAUUCUUACUAGCCUCGACUAUAACAACUACACAGGUAAGCUACUUUCUUACCUAGAGCCAGUCCUCCUGAGUUCAAAAUGGAGCAGGUUUGUGAAGUGUUGGCAUGCUAAGACUGACGGCUGGGCGGCAUCGACAUUCCACAGCAACUGCGAUGGGAGGGGACCCACAGUGACAAUCAUCAAAGCGAACGAUUCUAUAUUUGGUGGAUACACCGACGUAUCAUGGAGCAGUACGUAUAUACUGGCCGUUAAAUUUUUUUUGGUGCAAGGUUUGAAAGAUUUAGAGGGGCAAAGAAUUAACCUUGGUAGGAUUGGAUCUAGCCCGGUGUCUAAAACAGAAAAAAGAAAUGUCUCCUAAAGCCUGUUUCUUGAAAUUCUUGGCAACGCUACGGGCCCGAAGCCAUAUCUAGUUAUUCGAGUCGAUCCAUUUUGUUUCGUCUCAUGAUAUUCUCAUCGUUUGAAUCUCAAAACUAUCCAUAACUCGAUCUUGAAUGUAAAAACGAAGAACGAAAAAAAGCUUUUCGGGGCUAAAGCAAAAGCAAAUAUCUCUCACGUGUAGAACAGAUAAAGAAUCGACCAGUCGUAGACUUUUCUUGUGGCAGUGAGUACAUUGUAAAAAAAGGAAAUAUCACAUUAACAACUGAGACCCCAAAGUAGACAAACUCGUCAACAGCCUGGAAAACGCGUUUGAAACGGGUUUUAACUUAAAGUCUUGUUUUUAAUUUGAUUUUUGAUUUUCGAUUUGAUUUGAUUUGAUUUGAUUUGAUUUUGAUUUGAUUUGAUUUGAUUCUGACAGCCCCAUUUCGUGCCUUCUCUCCGUGUUUUGUUGUACCAUUAAUAAAAUGAAAAUAUGCUCUCGAGCUCUUUAAAAUUUUUUCUAACAAAUUAAAGUGUUCCGUUCGGCAUAUAAAAAAAAUCAUUUUUUAUGGUUAUCAUCAUAAAUUUUUUUUCUCAUUCGCGUAGUUUAUAAUGCUCCUAAAUCUUUUCAUUUUAGGUUCCUGUGCUUAUUCUUCAGCCAGCAAAGCUUUUGUUUACUCUCUUUACAACGCCAAAGGAUACAAUCCUGUGAAGCUGACACAAUACCGAUACCAGCAAUACGCAAUGUACACAUGUUCCUCUUACGGACCCACUUUUGGUGUAGGACAUGACAUCUGCAUACGUGACGACGCUGUAAACAAUCAGUACUCUUAUACUGAAUGCGGCCAGACUUACUCCAACCCCACGGGUUAUUCGGGUGUAAACUGCGAAUUUUUCACAGGAAGUUAUUAUUUUACUCCAUCUAACAUUGAAGUUUUCUUCGAAAUAGGUAAGUUAUUGUACAGAAACACUUAAAACCCCGUCGUAAAUAUACAAUGAAUAUAACAAAUAAACUCUAGUCCUUAGCAAUGUCAGGGAUUCUAAAAGCACAUGCGCCGAACCAUAUACAGCAGCGAAAUACUAUUCAGGCUAUUGUGGCAGCAAUGCUAAGUGAAUUGAAUCAGUCAGUUCCGGGAUAUCAGUGCACAUCAACUAAAUCAGGGAACAAAUUGAUCUAGAUGCCAUGUUUUGCCAUGAAACUGAAUCGCUAAGUCGGGCUAAAGCAGACAGUUCAACCCAGCUAAACUGAACUUUUGGUUUUUGCUUUUCGUUUCCCAGUUUUAUACGCACUUAAGAAAAUAGUUCCUCGUGAAAUAUAGUUGAUAUGUUUUCAAAAUAAAUGCUCAGGAAAAUUUUGAGUUAAAAUGGGAACACAUGGUUAGCACCUCGCCCUGUGAAUAAGAACAUCUGGAGCUCUGAUUUUUGUGAAAUACUCUCAUGGUUGUGAAAGAAGAAAUAAUAUCUUUCUCUAUUCUAGAACAUCUGUUAUUAUAAUUUUCAUUCGAGUUUCCUUUACGCACACAGGUGGCCUUGGUGCAUCUAUAAUACUUGGAAGCCUGGACCCCAAUAAAUAUUUGGGGAAGCUGAUUUCGUUUUUAGACCCAGUUCUUCCCACUGCAUCCCGUACUGACUUUGUUAGGUGUUGGCAUGCUAAGACUGACGGCUGGGCGGCAUCGACAUUCCACAGCAACUGCAAUGGGAGGGGACCUACAGUGACAAUCAUCAAAGUGAACGAGUACAUAUUUGGUGGAUAUACUGAUGUGUCCUGGAGCGGAGGCAGGAAUAUCAAAUUUUUUAAGAGGAAAUAAGACAACUAUAUAGGAUCAACUAUCGUUCCUUUUGGUAUUUAAGGGGGAGGGGAGAGGGUGUUGAAGGAAAUUUUAAAUGAUGCUCCGCUGAUAAGAGCGCUUAGCCUUUAUUAUUUUAUAUUAGUUUUUUGGCCAUCAAGAUUUCUUCACACCUAUAUUGUCUAUAGAAAUGUUUCCUAUUUGAUACACCUACAGAACAACAUUACAUCCUAACACGUCUAGUAAUGACAACACUUAAAACAAAGGGAUGUUUUCCUUUAAGUCUCAAAACAUUUACUCGCUUUUCUUCAGAAUAACCCCUCAAAUCUUUCAUAAUUGUUUUUGGAGGUAUUUCUAUACCCAAACUAGUAACAUAUCUCCCUCCCUUUCACAAAUCUCUAAUCUGGAAAAAAAAACUCCCCGUCUAGCUCAUGAUAGAAAAUGAACUGCCCCCCCCCCCUUCUCAGAGGGUCUGUGUUUUCUUCCAACUUUUUAAUGUACGAUCACAUCGUUCUUUUAUUUCAGCUGGUUCCUGCGCUUAUUCCUACGCCAAUAAAGCUUUCAUCUUCUCUCUCUAUAACGUCAAAGGAUACAAUCCCGUAAAGUUAACACAAUACCGAAAUCAGCAAUAUGCAAUGUACAGAUGUAAUACGCGUGGACCCACCUUUGGGGGUGGUCAUGAUAUCUACAUAUCAGACGGCUCUGGAAACAACCAAAACUCCUACACCAGAUGCGGUUACACAUACACGAUACCCUCUGGGUACUCUUAUGGUGACUGUGGUUUUUUUACAGGGGGGUCUAAUUUCUCUCCAACGGACGUCGAAGUAUUCUAUGAAGCAGGUAAUCAAGAAAAACACCCCUUUCCGAGAAUAAAUACUUAGUGUGGCCUGUAGAAAAAUCAUGUAGUGUAUUUUAGAAAUAUUCUCAGAAAGUUGUUUUUCUAGAGUACAGAUGGCUUAAUUUUUCUGUCAUUUCAAAGGAAUGUGUAAGCUUAUAAAGUCUCUUUCGCAGCAUUCAUUUAAGUUCGUCACACAAUAAAUGCACAGGGAAAUAUUGAGUUUAAAUGGGAUCACAUGGUUGGCACCUCGUCCUGUGAAUAAGAAGAUCUGAGACUCUAAUUUUUGUGAAAAACUCCCACGGUUCUGAAAAAUAAACAACAUCUUUCUAUAUUCUCGAACGUCUGUUACUAUAAUUUACAUUCGAGUUUCUUUUACGCACACAGGUGGCCUUGGUGCAUCUAUUAUACUUAGAGGCCUGGACCCCAAUAAAUACUUGGGAAAGCUGAUUUCGUUUUUAGACCCAGUUCUUCCCACUGCAUCCCGUACUGACUUUGUUAGGUGUUGGCAUGCUAAGACUGACGGCUGGGCGGCAUCGACAUUCCACAGCAACUGCGGUGGGAGGGGACCUACAGUGACAAUCAUCAAAGUGAACGAUUACAUAUUUGGUGGAUAUACUGAUGUGUCCUGGAGCGGAGGCAGGAAUAUCAAAUUUUUUAAGAGGAAAUAAGACAACUAUAUAGGAUCAACUAUCGUUCCUUUUGGUAUUUAAGGGGGAGGGGAGAGGGUGUUGAAGGAAAUUUUAAAUGAUGCUCCGCUGAUAAGAGCGCUUAGCCUUUAUUAUUUUAUAUUAGUUUUUUGGCCAUCAAGAUUUCUUCACACCUAUAUUGUCUAUAGAAAUGUUUCCUAUUUGAUACACCUACAGAACAACAUUACAUCCUAACACGUCUAGUAAUGACAACACUUAAAACAAAGGGAUGUUUUCCUUUAAGUCUCAAAACAUUUACUCGCUUUUCUUCAGAAUAACCCCUCAAAUCUUUCAUAAUUGUUUUUGGAGGUAUUUCUAUACCCAAACUAGUAACAUAUCUCCCUCCCUUUCACAAAUCUCUAAUCUGGAAAAAAAAACUCCCCGUCUAGCUCAUGAUAGAAAAUGAACUGCCCCCCCCCCCUUCUCAGAGGGUCUGUGUUUUCUUCCAACUUUUUAAUGUACGAUCACAUCGUUCUUUUAUUUCAGCUGGUUCCUGCGCUUAUUCCUACGCCAAUAAAGCUUUCAUCUUCUCUCUCUAUAACGUCAAAGGAUACAAUCCCGUAAAGUUAACACAAUACCGAAAUCAGCAAUAUGCAAUGUACAGAUGUAAUACGCGUGGACCCACCUUUGGGGGUGGUCAUGAUAUCUACAUAUCAGACGGUUCUGGAAACAACCAAAACUCCUACACCAGAUGCGGUUACACAUACACGAUACCCUCUGGGUACUCUUAUGGUGACUGUGGUUUUUUUACAGGGGGGUCUAAUUUCUCUCCAACGGACGUCGAAGUAUUCUAUGAAGCAGGUAAUCAAGAAAAACACCCCUUUCCGAGAAUAAAUACUUAGUGUGGCCUGUAGAAAAAUCAUGUAGUGUAUUUUAGAAAUAUUCUCAGAAAGUUGUUUUUCUAGAGUACAGAUAGCUUAAUUUUUUUGUCAUUUCAAAGGAAUGUGUAAGCUUAUAAAGUCUCUUUCGCAGCAUUCAUUUGAGUUCGUCACACAAUAAGUGCACAGGGAAAUACUGAGUUUAAAUGGGAUCACAUGGUUGGCACCUCGUCCUGUGAAUAAGAAGAUCUGAGACUCUAAUUUUUGUGAAAAACUCCCACGGUUCUGAAAAAUAAACUACAUCUUUCUAUAUUCUCGAACGUCUGUUACUAUAAUUUACAUUCGAGUUUCUUUUACGCACACAGGUGGCCUUGGUGCAUCUACUAUACUUAGAGGCCUGGACCCCAAUAAAUACUUGGGAAAGCUGAUUUCGUUUUUAGACCCAGUUCUUCCCACUGCAUCCCGUACUGACUUUGUUAGGUGUUGGCAUGCUAAGACUGACGGCUGGGCGGCAUCGACAUUCCACAGCAACUGCGAUGGAAGGGGACCCACAGUGACAAUCGUCAAAGUGAACGAGUACACAUUUGGUGGAUAUACUGAUGUGUCCUGGAGCGGAGGCAGGCAUAUCAAAUUUUUAAGAGGGGACAAGACAAUUUUAUAGGAUCAACUAUAAUUCCUUUUGGGAUCUAAAGGGGGGGAGAGAGGGUGCUGGAGGAAAUUUGAAAAGAUGCUUCUCUGAUAAGAGCUCUAAGCCUCUAUUAUUUCAUAUUGGUUUUUUGCCCAUCAAGAUUUUUUCACACCUAUGUCGUCUAUAGAAAUGUUUCUUAUAUGAUUCACCUGCAGAACAACAUUACAUCCUAAAACAUCUAGUAAUGACAACACUUAGACCAAAGGGGUCAAUUGUUUUUCGUACUAGUUUUUAUACCAAAACUCGCAAAAUAUCUCCCUCCCUUUCACAAAUCUCUAAACUGGAAAAAAUCACCCCGUCCAGCUCAUGAUAGAAAAUGAACUUCCCCCCCCUUCCUCAGGGGGUUUAUGUUUUCUUUCAACUUUUUAAUGUAUGACCACAUUGCUCUUCUAUUUCAGCUGGUUCUUGCGCAGGUUAUUCCUACGCUAGUGAAGCUUUCAUCUACUCUCUCUAUAACGUCAAAGGAUACAAUCCCGUAAAGUUGACGCAAUACCAAAAUCAGCAAUAUGCAAUGUACAGAUGUAAUACGUAUGGACCUACCUUUGGCUGGGUAUGGUCAUGGUAUCUACAUAUCCGACGGCUCUGGAAACAACCAAAACUCCUACACCAGAUGCGGUUCCACGUACACGAAACCCUCAGGGUACUCAACUGGUAACUGUGGUUUUUUUACAGGGGGGUCUAAUUUCUCUCCAACGGACGUCGAAGUAUUCUAUGAAGCAGGUAAUCAAGAAAAACACCCCUUUCCAAGGAUAAAUACUUUGUAGGGCCUGUAGCAAAAUCAAAUCGCGUAUUGUAGAAAUAUUCUCAGAAAGUUGUGUUGCUAGAUUACGGAAAGCUUAAUUUUUUGUCAUUUUAAUUUAUGAGGGUAUGUGUAGGCUUAUAAGGUCUUUUAGUAGUAUUCAUUUAAGUUCGUCACGCAACGCGUUGCUUGACGAGCCUGACAGGACUUGUCUGAGUUGCCGCGGGGGUUUGUGGAUAUUACAUUAAACGAAAUUGUUACGGCCACUUGAAAGAACGGCUGAGUUAACAAAAAAAUUUCAGUCAUGUUUUGAUGCUACUCUGGCUCAAAGAUUUUAAUGAAUAUAACCCAGACGUUACAAUUCAUAGACCCAAUCUUUCGACACUCCUGCCUAGUGCAUUCAUCAGGGGUGAUGAUGAAGACAUUAGACAGGAGUGUUGAAACGUUGGGUCUAUGAAUUGUAACUUUUCGGUUACAUUCAUUAAAUCUUUAAACCAGAGUAGCAUCAAACCAUGUCUGAGUGUCCACCUGGUUGCUUUGUGAACUUUAAAACAAAUUUCAUUCUCUCUGCUGCCUAAAAUACCGCCUGGUAGACAGGCUGGGGAUUUUCUUACUUGCCGGAUCAGUAAUGUUAGAUUAUCAUAUCUAGCGACCCAAACGAGGGGUGAUGAAAUUAUCCACUUUAGAUUCAAAGGCGACACCACCAAUCCAAGCUUUUGUUUCAUUUAUUUGGCCAACUGUAAUUUUUCCUUUUCUUUUCCCACCUCAGGCCUCGGUUUGUCCGCCAUACUUCGAAGUCUUGAUUACAACCAGUACUUGAAGGUACUGUUUUCGUAUUUGGACCCAGUCCUUAUCAAUAAAGAACGUAGUAGGUUUGUGAGGUGUUGGCACGCAAAGACGGACGGUUGGGCAGCAUCAACAUUCCACAGUAACUGCGAUGGGAGGGGACCCACAGUGACUAUCAUCAAAGUUAACAGUUAUAUAUUUGGUGGAUACACUGACGUAUCCUGGACCAGUGGUGAGUAAAAAAACAAGCAAACAUCUCUCACAUGUAGAACAGAUAACAAAUCGAUUAGUUGUGGACUUUUCUUGUAGCAGUGAGUUGAUCCUAGAAACAGAAAAUAUCACAUUAACAACUGAGAUACCAAAGUAGACAGACUCAUAAAUAGCCUGAAAGUGCGUUUGAAACGGGUUUUAACUAAAAGUCUUGUUUUGGAUUUGAUAUUUGAUUUUGAUUUGAUUUGAUUCUGACAGCUCCAUUUCGCGCCAUUUCUUCUUGUUUCGUUGUAUCCAUUAUUCAUAUUGGAGAGCUCUUUCUUUAGAUCGUAUGCUGCCUUUGAAUAAAACUUCGGACCAUAUUUGAAAUGCUUUUUCUGAAAAUUGAAAAUAUGCUCUUAAGUUCCUUGAAAUUUUCUCUAACAAAUUGUUCAGUUCUAGUACGGCAAGUAAAAAAAAAAAACAUUUUUAUGGUUAUCAUCAUGAAUUCUGAUUUUAGAUAUAUGAAAUUCAUAUAUUUGCACUGCGGUGAAGAAACGAAAUUAAGAGAUCCUCGUAGCUGAGAACACUACUGAAACGAGUAGUUGAAAAUAGGACCUGAAAAAAAAUUCAGGCCCCUUCGGGCCCGUACCUCUGCGGUAUCACAAAGGUCAUGGGUUCAAAUCCCGUACGGGCCUGAAUUUUUUUUCAGGGCCUAUUUUCAACUACUCGUUUUAGUAGUGUUCUUAGUUGCGAGGAUCUCUUAGUUUCGAUCAUAAAUUUUAUUUCUCAUUCGCAGAGUUUCUAAUGCUCCUAAAUCUUUUCAUUUUAGGUUCUUGUGCUUAUUCUUCAGCCAGCAAAGCGUUUGUUUUCUCUCUUUACAACGCCAAAGGAUACAAUCCUGUGAAGCUGACACAAUACCGAUACCAGCAAUACGCAAUGUACAGAUGUUCCUCUCGCGGACCCACUUUUGGUUGGGCACAUGACAUCUACAUGCAUGACGACGCUGUAAACAAUCAGCACUGUUAUACUAGGUGCGGUGGCACGUACUCCAACCCCACGGGCUAUUCAGCUGGAGAUUGUAAAUUUUUCACAGGAGCAUCGAAUUUCACUCCAUCUGACAUCGAAGUUUUCUUCGAAAUAACAAACUAAACACUAAAAACUGUGCUGUCUAAGUAAGUAUUGUAACAAUAGAGUUAGUUUCUCCUCACACAAGGCCC